AUUUGCAUCAGCUCACUUAUUCGCACACACCUUCCUGCUUUCAACCAUCCUAUCCUUGUCUGUAUCCAGGCUGAUAGCCGGAGACACCUAUAAUGGGUGGCUUGGUCGCAUAUGCCAGCAGUGACGAAGAAGACGAGGUUCAGGAGGCUCUCCUCCCACUGAAGACUGAAACUUCCAAGAAAGGAACAACUCCCGCACAUCACCCAGAAACAAAUGUCAAGCCAUCACAAGCACCACCAACAACGGCGGAACCAGAAACGCAAUCUUUGCCUGACAAUGUCACCAUCGGCCCAGUUCAACAACAUUCAGUUCCCUUAGGCCCCUCUCUCCCCCCAAUGGACCCUCGACCACUGCAAGGCACCUCUCAGAACGGCGACCUCUCUCAACCCCCAACCUCGCCAUACACAGCCUCCCGCGCUCUCCUCCGUGACCUUACUCUACCCCCAGUCCCGAACUUCGACAUUCCCGCCUCGCCCCCAGGCUCACCGCCCGCCGCUCUCGAGGCCAAGCUUGCCCAGUUCCUCGAUCUCAAGAAGAAGGGCGUCCACUUUAACGCCAAGCUGACCCAAUCCGCCGCUCUCCGCAAUCCGAGCUUGACAGAUAAGCUCAUGGGCUUCGUCGAUCUCGACGGCCGCGCAGGGUACGCCACGACAUUGCCCCCGGAUCUGUGGAACCCGGUGUCCGAGGAAGUGCUACCGGAGUGGGCUACGAGGGCCGCGUUGAGGCAGAGCCAAGAGAGGGUGCGCGCCGAGCGGGCGGGGUUACGGAAGGGCGGAGGGCCCGUGGAGUUUGUACCGGCGGCAAUUGCCGGAGGUGGUGACGUUGGUUCCCCUGCUACGACUGAGCAGAGUGAACUAUUGCGCGCUGGGAAGCGGAAUACGGGCGCGUUUUGAGUUGUGAGUUGUCGAGGGCCAUCAGCAAAGCAGUGCCUUUAUCACCAGCUCCAAGCGGUCUGGUGGUACUUGUUGAGAAUUACGCCAUUCGCCAGCGUAUCAUGCCCUCACUGUACACUAGGAAGAGGCCAUGGUGCAAAAGGGGUCAGGGACAUCCACACUGGCCUCGGACGUCAUACACUCUAAAGAUGCGGUCCUCCAAUCGCAGUCUGCUUCAUCGCCGCAUACCUGGAAUAUUUUAUUCCUUGCCUCACAGUCGAUCUCAUCGAUGUAUUUGGUCGAUCCUUCGAGACUUUAGGAGAGAUAACAGUGUGCUGACUUGCACAUGCCGGCCGUGUGAGGAAACUUUUCUCAGCCAGAGAAACCGCAUUGCCACACAUGGGGCCGGGAUGGAGCCCAAGGUUUCUAACGACGUCUCAAGUCCCUCUGCUGCCUUUUGGACCCAAGCAGCGCGUAAACAUUGGCUAGGUGUCUGGAGCACGUGGGACUGACGACCAAAGUCCAAUGCUUGAAAGCGGGGGAGGGGGGGCUCUUCGUGGAGGAAAAUCAGAGAAGGUUCCGUCAAUUGAUAAACCCCAGGUGAGAGGCUCGUGUGUAUAUGGGUGUGCAGUGAGGCACUCCGUCAUCAGUCAUUCGUGUCGGGUUCUGGGAUAUGAGUCGAGAAGAGGGAGCAUAUUUGUCUUCUACUGGCUCCACCCUCUGGACGAUAGCCGCACGGGGUCUGCGUCACUUAGGCGCGGAGUGGAAGUCCGUGGUUGUAGGGACGAAUUUGAUGACGUCUGAGUUUUAAAGCAAGACUGGUUUUACAGUGCUGUCAGUCGAAGUAUCGUAACACAAGGGCCCCGUUACAAGACCACUUGGAGACUUCGGACUCAAAGUUUGGUCAUCGCAUCUCGCAAAGAGGCGGUGCAAACUAAGGUCGACAGAAGCAUCGUCAUUCAGUACACAACCAGCUCACGGCAUAAUCAGCCACG